UAUCUAGAGCCUAUCUCACAGCGGGAGAUAACUGGGCCGGCCAGAGCCAGGGGGUGACACUGAAGGUGGGAGAUAGUAGGCCGGGUAGACAGUCACGAUACGUAGACAGCCGGGUAGACAGUAGGUAGGUGGCGGGGAGAUACCAGUAUACAGUCAGUAGGUGCCGCGGAGAGGAGAUACAAGACGUAGACGGCCGGAUAGACAGACAGUAGUAGACACCACGGAGGUACAAGAAGACUGUCGGGUUGAAAGGAUAUACAAUAAGUAGACAGAGAGUUCGGGUAGAGAGGAGACCUAACAAGACAACAGUGAGAUCUGUAGAGAGGAUUGAGCGACUUCACCAUGGCUCUACUCAUCUACGUCAUCUGUGCUGUCCUCGUCCACGCUCACUGCUCGCGGCCGGUGAGGUACGAGGGGUCAGCGAGAGGUCAAGGUUACCGGGAGUUCACGGCAUGGAGGGAGCAACAUGGCCGACAGUACAGCAGUGGGGAGGAGCUAAUGAGGAGCUCCCAGUGGUGUGGCGGGGAGUGGCCCAUCAAACCCUGUGUCGCCCGCGACAGCUGUGAGGCCAAGUACGACAGGUCAAAGUUCGUGCCGGGCAUCAAGGUCAAGGACUUUGUCAACUUUCCCUCGGACGAGUCGGCCCUCGUGGAGAAUCUGGUCGAG